GACUCAUCUGCACUCAAACGAAAGGCUGUCUGUGCGGUGUGCACGAACCCUGCGCCAGCUCAGAGGCACGCGCGCGCCCUGAAAAGCUCGCGCGCGCAGCUGGCUGGUGGCUCUCGGCGCGUGACAGAUGGAACCUCUGCGAGCAGGAGGCAGAGCGGUCAAGAUUUGAUUUGUUUUUGGUAAAAACGGAAAGAAAUCAAGCGUUUUGACGGAAAUGAGAGCUGAACAGGCUGAAGAUGGAGAAAACCCAACGGACCCGUGCAAAAUGCUGAUGAACCAGCUGAAGGAGAUCACUGGAAUCCACGACCAACACACUCUCUAUAAAGCCCUGAAGGCGAGUCAGGGGGAUGUCGGGCAUGCAGUGGGGUUGCUAACGACGCAAGCCGCAGAGGUUCAGGAGCCUGCAGAGCCGCAGGAGUCGGGGUCAUCUGUAGAGACCUGGGAGGGCCAGAAAGGACUUCCCAAAGAUGAGCUACAGACGGCCAUCGAACUCAGCCUGCAGGAGUACCACCACGCUCAGGAAGAGGAAGGAGAAUUUCACAGGGCUCUGGAGGUAAGCGCAGAGGAAAAUGCUGCCAGAAUGAAGAGGAAGAGAUGUGAAGCUCAGAGUGAAAUGUGCAGCCCGGCUGACUGGAUCCGUCAGGAGGAAUGGCCCGUGGGAAUCCGUAACGUAGGAAACACCUGCUGGUUCAGCGCCGUCAUCCAGUCGUUGUUCCACCUGCCCGUGUUCAGGAGGCUGGUUCUCAACUACCAUCUGUCAGGGCGAUUGCUGGAGAAGUGCAAGAGCCACACAGACAAGAGGAACAUUGCGUUCAUGCAGGAGCUCCGCUGCCUGUUCGCCCUCAUGGUGGGCUCCACGCGCCGCUUUGUGGAUCCUUCUGCAGCCGUGGAGUUACUGCGAGAUGCCUUCAGGACCAGUGAGGCUCAGCAGGAUGUCAGUGAGUUUUCCCACAAGCUGCUUGAGUGGUUAGAGGAUGCAUUUCAAAUGGCCGCCAAUGGAAAGAAUGCAGAAGACAAACAACACAAUCCCAUGGUGCAGCUGUUCUACGGCACCUUUGUGACAGAGAGAAGACAUGAAGGUAAGUCGCUGUAUAACAUCGAGCAGUUCGGUCAGUAUCCUCUGCAAGUCAACGGCUUCAACAACCUGGACGAGUGCCUUGAAGGAGCCAUGGUCGAGAAGGAGAUCGAGUCGCUGCACUCGGAUCACAAUGUGACAUCGGGACGUGAGAGAUGGUUUAAAAAGCUGCCGCCAGUCCUGACCUUUGAACUUUCUAGAUUUGAGUUUAACACCCAACUCGGACGUCCUGAGAAGAUACAUAAGAAACUAGAGUUUCCACAAAUCAUCUAUAUGGACCGAUAUCUUCAUAAAAACAUCGAGCGGACCAACGAGAGGAGAGGGGAAGUGAAAAAGCUGAAGGAGCAGCUUGCAGCCCUUCAACAGAAACUCGAGUGUUAUAAAAACUACGGCUCUGGGCCUUUGAAGUAUCCUCUGGCUGACAUGCUUCAGUUUGUCCUGGAGUUUGCUUCCACCAAACCCACCAGCGUUUCCCCAGCUGAAGAUCUGAGGCGUUCCACAUCUUCACCAAGUCCUGCCAGCUACCCAGUCAGCGAGGACCUCUCCAAAGAUAGCAGUGAACCUGAUGAAAUGGAUUCUUCUGAAGGCUUUGUGUCCGUCUGCCAGAGGACACCCAUUUACAAGCCAUUCACUCAGUGCAAACCCCCCUCUGAGUGUCCUCCACACCCAGCGCCUCACAGCAUCACAGAAGAAGAGUUGCACUUUGUUAAGACCUGCCUUCAGCGCUGGAGGAGUGAAGUAGAGCACGACAUAAACGAGCUGAAGGCCAGCAUUGACAAGCUUAAUCAGAUGCUCGAGGGCAUUUACUCAGAUAACAGCCUCUGCCAGGUGCCGUACAGACUCCACGCAGUGCUGGUCCACGAAGGCCAGGCGUCAGCGGGUCAUUACUGGGCGUACAUCUAUGACCACGCCAACCAGCGCUGGAUGAAGUACAAUGAUGUCAGCAUCACUGAGUCCUCAUGGGAGGAGCUUGAGAGGGAUUCUUUUGGAGGCAUGACCAACGCCAGUGCGUACUGCUUGAUGUACAUUGAUGACAGACUCCCCCACCUGAUCACAGAGGACACAGAUGAUGAGACGGGCCAGGUUCUCCGCAGUAUGGACUCCCUUCCACCCGUCCUCAGACGCUUCGUCCAGGAGGACAACCGUUGGUUCCAGCAGGAGCUCAGCGAGUGGGAGGGACAGUUCUGCCAGACUGCAACCCCACAGGAGGAGUCCACGAGCUCUGCAGAAUCUCCAAACUGCAGCUUACAGCAAAAGCCCGUUGAACCGGCCCCUCAGUCAGGACCCUCAGCUGAAGAACCAAACCAAGGAGCUCCUUCGGAGACACCGUCGGUCCCUGAAGUGGAGAAGAGGACAGACGAUGAUGCAGGAGAGACGGCUGAAGCAGCUGAAGACCCAGAGUCGUUGCUAGCUCCUGAGAGUCCUGGUUCUGAGUCCGUCAGCACCAACACUCCAGCUGCCAGUGGCACCCCGGAACCGAGCCAGAACUCAAACUCAGCUGAGCUCCAAAGUCAGACACCUGUCCAGAGUCCAGAGCCCAGUAUUCAGGCACCUGCUGAACACCACGUGCAGAAGGAGGCGGCAGGACUUAGAUCAGAAGUGAACAGCGAGGCCUCCAGAGAGGCUCCUGAGCUUGGAUUAGAGCAUGGAGAUGAGGAGCAGCAGCAGGAGGUCCCAACUAGACAACGACAGGCUGAGAAUGAAGUCUCGGAGGUGGAGAUCCCUAACGUGGGCCGGAUCAUGGUGAGGGCUGACGCUGAUGGAUACAACGAAGAGAUGAUGCUCACUCCAGCCAUGCAAGGUGUCAUUCUGGCCAUUGCAAAGGCCAGGCAGACGUUUGACAGUGAAGGUCCUGAGGCUGGCCUCAUCAAGGCCUUCCAUGAAGAGUACUCUCGCCUGUACGAGCUUUCCAAGGAGGAGAUCACCCCCCUGGAGGACGCCCGUCUGCAGCACGCUCUGGUGUACUUCUUUCAGAACAAGGCACCCAAGCGCGUCAUUGAGAGGACGCUGCUGGAGCAGUUUACCGAUCGCAACCUGAGCUUCGACGAGAGAGCCAUCAGCAUCAUGAGGGAAGCCCGAGCCAAGCUCCGUCUCAUCAAACCAGAGGACAUGGACAUGGAUGAGUACCUGCAGUGGCAUGAUGAUUACCGGCUGUUCAGGACGGUGUUUGUCCAUCUGCUGACCGGGCUGGAGCACUACCAGCAUGGAAAGAUGCGAGAGGCUUUGAACUACUUGGCCCAUGCGUACGAGACCAACGCCUCCCUCCUGCUGAAGGGGGACAAACGCGGUGUGGACAACUCUCUCAUCGCGGUCUACAGAAGGAAGUGUCUCACUGUGUUGAAUGAGAGCGUGUCCCGCCUGUUCUGCAGCGGCGAGGAGGGCAAAGUGGAAGAUGGCGUUGCCAUCAUGGACGAGGCCGUCAUUCCCUGCCUUCACCUGAUGAGCCGGGACGUGGGUUUAUCUCAGGAAGACCGGGACGCCAUGGAGAACAUCCGUAGCCACUGGUGCUGCUGCCUGAGCCAGGAUAUGGACGUUGCGCUGCAGGCAAAGCUGGCUGAGCUGCUGCCCAGGGUUCUGGACGGCUCCACCGGCGCUGUAGUGCUGAAAGAUCCACCUAAAGUCCAGGUGAACCAGGCCCAUGACCUGUGCAGCCGCCUGGCUGCUGUGAUGGAGUCCAUUCACAACGCCGCGGUUGUGACAGUGAAGUAAAAAUGUUGACGGGAACCUGCAGCAGCAUCCUGGAACUGUACAUCUGCACCUCCGGCGACCUGGCAGAUGGAUUAUUCUGUUCUGAUAAGACGAAAAGGAUUGAUACGGCCCUUAGUGACUAACUGCUGGCUUGGCGUUGGAUGUGCAUCCAAGUAUGAUUUAAGCUGCAAGCGCUCCUUAGAAAGGAGAUCAGACACAAGAGAGGGAAAGGGCCUGCUCACUAACACUAACCACCUCCAUCCUUCACAAGAUACUAACUAGAAGUCCAAAUGGGUUUGAUAGUCAAGCAAAAAGGAAGCGGUUUUAUUUCCUCGCGUAACCUGGAGAGAUGCCUACAGACGCAGAACUUUAGUGACCAAAAAUCUGUCGUUUCACUUGUUCUCACCACACUCAGAUCUACUAGAAAUACAUGCAAACAGAGGAAUUAUGUCUAAGCAGUCCAGAAUAACAUGAAAUCAGUUAGCAGGAUCAUUUCUUAUUUGUGCUAGGCUCUCGUAAACGUUUGAGACGUCACAGAAUUCUGCUGGAAACAUCCAAAGUAAAUGUAAUAAGUUACCAAGUCACGGUUGGGCCUUUUUUUGUUUAUGGGCUUUAAAGCUGGGAAGUCGUUUGUUGGAUUUUUUUAAGAAAAAUUUUGUUUUUGUUCCCAAAUAGAGAACUACAACAAAAAUAUACAUAAAAAAUAUGAAAUUAUGUUUUUAAAUGCACUGCUGCAGCGUGCUCGGAUCUCAGAUCAUUUGUGUACUUCAGCUGAUAAGAGGCAACAAACCCAACAAAACAGGACUUUUAUUUAGCACGGCAGCUUGGAGGUAUAUUAAAAGUCCAUUCUGGCUGCUGAAUUCACUGUUUUUUCACUUUUCCUCUAUGAUGAUACCCAAUAAAUGUUUUAAAUCAUC